AUGUGUCCUGGAGUCACUUCAAUGUCCAUUACGUCCGAUUUUGGUCAAUUGAUUGGCCACACAAUAACCAUACGCGUGCCGGUUGCGGCUGUUGAGCCUGUAAUCUGUCUCAGUAGCAUGAUGGGUGCAGACAUGAAAAAAGCAAUUGCCAGGCCGACAAGCACUGGCGAGGGAUGGUACAUAAAUACUGAUCGCUGGCUGGCCAAGACCGACGGCGAGAAUCCGACGAACAAAGCAACGACUUCGGUAGCCUACUGCUUCUGCUCAGAAGGCAACGUAUGCUGCAACUCGCCCCAUGGCGUGCAAUGCGAUUACGGCAUCUGCGGCAUCUAG